AUGACGGAGCAGCGUGGCCGGGAGGGGCUGCUCCGCUGCAGUGGCCUCGCCAACUCUGACGACUGGUCGUCCGCCUUAACCUGUCCCGUGCCUCUGUCUGCUCCUACGCCUCCUGCCCUUCAUGUAUUCCAAACAAAUGCGAAAGUCUCUGAACUGGCCGCGCCGCCUAGUCUUAAGCUUCUACAGUUUAACGCUAACGUGCUCGAAUUGGCCACCGCCGCCGACCAUAUCAAGGCCCAAAACAGGCACUUCAUUAACUUCAAGCGAGCCGAUUGGGCAGCGUUUAUUGCCGAAUGCGAAGCCGGGAUCGAUGGCCUACCACAUCCCAACUUUGUCUACACGGUGGAGCGAGCCGUUCGUCAAUUGCUUCUGACAGCAGCAGGUCACCACGUGCCUAACGGCCGUAUUCCCCUACUCCGCCCAAAUUAUCCGCCUGAAGCUGUCCGCCUGGAACGAGAGAGAGAGAGAGAGGGGGAGAGAGAGGUGACAUACGUGCGCGUGAUGCCAAUGGCCCGCGUGUCUGCGAACUCAAUGGCCUGA